AUGCCCCCACAAGGUGGACGUCGCGGAGGAGGCGGCGGCUCAUCGAAUGGCAAACGUUCUCGUGCAGACGAUGAACCCGUUGGACCGUCCAAAGUGCAACUCAAAGGUAGGCUCCUCUCACCUCCUAUUCGUCAAAGGCUCUCGUCUUUCUUCACUGAGGUGUCCCUCGUUCACCCGCGCUCAAACAGGUCUUCAAUGGAACACGGCCAACGCCCAACCUGCCUUUCUACGCAACGCCUAUGCCGCAUUAUCAGGCACCUCUUCCAAAGCUCAAGACCCGAAUCGGCCUCCGAUCCCGACUCGCCCUGAUGGUCAACAGGACGACGGACAGGACAGCCCGGACGAGUUUGACGGGGAUGAGGCUCCCACUGUCGUCGUGUUGAACGAGGAGAAACAUGUUGGUCAGAAAGAAAUGGAGAGGAUGAGAGAACAAGGUCAGGAGCAGAACACUGGGAGCUAGGCAGUGCGCGCCACAUCACCUGACCACCUCGACGUGCGUUGACUGCUGACAGCCAAAGCCAACUCGGCCCCGGAUCCUUUCGCGGCCUCGAGAGCGUUGGGCGGCGACGACACCGCGAUCGUCAAGAAUGGGGGUAGUCUGAGGUUGGCCUCGGGCGACUCCAAGGACAAGUCCGGUGCGACCGGUCAAGUCAAGGACGGCGAGUCGUGGCAAGACGUGAUCCAGCGUUCAAAGUUCGCCGCCGGGGUCAAGAAGCAGGCCGAAGAGAAGAAACAACAGGAAGCGAUCAAGGACAAGGACAAGAAGAUCAAGGACGCCAAGAAGGAGAAAAAGAAGCAGCAGAAGCAGAAAGGCCUGUUGAGCUUUGAUGAUGAGUGA